AUGUUGACGGACCUCCUUCCCAACCAAAAUACAUGCUCCCACUCCACAGCCAUUAAUGGCGAAAACCCAAUCUCAAACGAACAAGAACACUUCCACAACGAGCUCAAUGGAAAAGUAAACGACAUUGUUGCAACUCUACCAAAAGGCAAAGGUUGGAGGGGCCCUGAAAUCUUUCUACACAAAGGUUUCUGGUUGCCCCAAACAGCUAUCAAGAGCUUAUUAAUGAUCCACGAAUACUUCCAUCCAAAGCCCACCGACAUAUUCCUCGCAGCUUUCAUGAAGUGUGGAACCACCUGGCUUAGAGCUCUCAUGUUCGCCACCGCCAACCGCCACCGUUACAAAAUCUCCGACCAUCCUCUUCAUCACACCGGACCCCACGGUGUCUUCCCUUCCCUCGACGCUCAAAUCUUUCUUGAGUGUCCUGUAAGUAAGUUCGACAAUCUCCCUUCCCCUCGAUUGUUUGCUACACACUUUGCUCAUAACUUGUUACCGACCUCGAUGACAUCACCAUCGUCGACAUGCAAGUUUGUGUACGUGUGUAGGGAUCCAAAAGAUGCACUCAUUUCCAAGUGGCAUUUCAUGAGCAAAAUCAGGUCGAAGGAACUCCCACCCAUUUCGUUUAAUGAAGCUUACGAGCUUUUUUGCAACGGAAUCUCCGAAUACGGACCUUUUUGGGACCAUGUGUUGGGGUACUGGAAAGCAAGCCAGGAAUCGCCUGAGAAGAUCUUGUUCUUGAAGUAUGAGGAUAUGAAGAGGGAACCAUCUGUGGAGAUGAAGAAGUUGGCGGCGUUUAUGGGAAUGCCAUUUACUGCUCAGGAGGAGGAGGCAGGAGUGGUGGAAGAGAUUGUGAAGCUGUGUAGUUUUGAGAAUUUGAGUAACUUUGCGGUGAAUAAGGACGGUGUUCAGAAGUUUAGGGCGCCGGUGGUGGUGGAGAAUCGGAAUUUUUUCAGGAAAGGAAAUGUGGGAGAUUGGGAAAAUUACUUGACAGAGGAGAUGAGAGACCGGAUUGAUUCAAUCACUGAAACCAGAUUGAAGGGUUCAGGGUUGGCACUUGGUCUCAUGCACAAAGCUUAA